UACCUACUUAGCUCAGCUGGACCUACACACCUAAGUCAAGUCCUAACCCUAAAAAGGUCCUACCUAAUUUGAUCAAUGAAUUACAAUUAUUUAAUGAAGUGAACUGGAAAGUGCUACAUUCUAUAGGCUCAAAAACUAUGUGCUAUUAGUGUUUCCGCCAAAAUUUUCUUUAGUCGUGGAUCUCCUGCCUAUCAAACCAUUCAUUAAAGGUAGGCCUGUAGGCCUUUUCUAAUAAAACAAAUACACAGAAAGAGAGCAAUGGCUUUAUUCCAGAGGAUUCUCUCAAAUGUAAGAACUAAACAGUUCAUUCUUCCCCCAGCAAGAAUUCAAUUGUAUUCCUCCUUUGAGGUUAAGGAGAGAGUCGUUGUAACUGAUGAUGGCUCUACAAUUGUUUGUUGGCAUCCAGAGAAACCAUUUCCUUAUGAGUGUUCCAGACCGAUUCCUGAAGCAGUUAAUGAAGAUACAAAUUCCGUUUUGAAAGUUCAAAAUCUCUCUGCAGUUUAUGAUGUGUUUAAACCUAAAAGUGAAGAACAAACAAGGGAAGAACUCAUGAAAUUAACCAGCACUAACAAACACAUUUGGUUUCCAAAAGGGAAAAAGCAUUACAAGAAGAAACCUGUGCCUCGUAAGCGAGAGUAUUUGUAAAGGUUCAUUUACUGUAUAUAUUAUCUGUAUAUCAUCUUAGUAAAUUUAGAUUAAAUGUUGUUUCUCAUUCUUUGAAGCUGUAA